AUGUCGAAGUUUUCAUAAUUUUUAGAGGACAUCAGCGAUUUUAAAGAAAGGCCUGUCAAAUUAAAACAAAUAAAAAAGGUUCUAAAGAUUAAUGAGAAGAGCUUUCCUCCUUGCAAAAAUAUCUUGAAUUAUUAUUUCUAAGAGUUUUCAAAGUAGAUUAUAAUACUAUAAUGUAGACGUACAAAUGAGGAACAUCGUACUAAAUGGCACAGAAAGGAUAAAAUUUUAUUUGUUUGGACUGUGUUGAAAUAUUUUGAAUUUACAAAUAAGAGUGAUUUAAACCCUGUAAUAUGAAUUUAAUACGAUAGUCUGAAGAUGAUUGGCAUUAUCUAUCAAAUGUCUUAGGAGUAACAGAAUAAUUAUUGAAUUUAAAAUGGAUUAGCAUGCUAAAAACUAAUCUUAAAAUGGCCCCUUGGAACCCUGAGGAAGAUGAAAUAUUGUAAAACUUAAUCACAGACCCAAAUGAAAACAAAAAUUGGACUUAAAUUACAAUAGAUUUCAAUAGAAUAAAUCCAGCUAAAAUAGUUAGACAUGCUAAAUAAAUUAGAGAGAGAUGGAAUAAUUAUUUGAAUCCUGAAUUGAAAAAGUAUAGCUAAAUAUUUAAUUAGAUCUGAAUGGUCAUAACCUGAAUAAUUACAAUUAUUAUUGCUAGUUUAAGAAAUUGGAAAAAGAUGGUCUCUUAUUUCAAAAAAGAUAUCAGGAAGAACAGAAAAUUAGGUAAAAAAUCAAUACAAUUCGAUGAUGAAUACUUAUCGAAGACAAAAUGUAUGAAACAACUUAAAUCUUUAGUAGCUAGAUAACGAAGAUAUAGCAAUUAAAAAAUUAUUGGCUAAUUUAUAGGGAAAAGAUUAUGAAGGUCCCUUACCAUUGACUAGUAAACGCAUAAGAAAAACAGUUAAUAAUAAUAAUAAUAAUAAUAAUAAUAAUAAUAAUAAUAAUAAUAAUAAUAAUAAUAAUGUUACUUUAUAUUAAAAUACUAUUAAUGAUUAAAAGAAUAUAUAAAUUGAAAGUAAUGAAAUAAAAGAAGAACAUUAAUAAGAUUAAUAAUUGUAAUCAUAAUAAAUACUAUAAUAAUAAUAAUAAUAAUAAUAAUAAUAAUAAUAAUAAUAGUAAUAAUAAUUAUUAUUAUCUUAAUAAUAAUAGAUUUAAUAGUAGCAGCAACAAUAAUCACUAAUGCUUGGAUUACCUGUAUUUUCUCCAAUGUUACCUUUCUCUCCUUUACAUUAUUUAAUUAGUAUUUAUUUUACUUAUUUAUGAAGAAUCAAGUCCAAAUAAUAUAUCCUCACCUUAUGAAAUGAGAAAUAAGAAUUAUUCUAGUUAAUUACAGCUUUUUGAUGAAUAUAUGAAAUCUACAAACAAUCUUGAUUAAAGUGCCCCUUAAUCAGAGGUUCCUUGUUUAUUAAGGUUAUUUAAUUCGCCUGCAUUUAACCAUUAAGGGUUUCCUUAUGCAACAAUGCCUUACUAAUAACCUACAUAACAGUAACCUGCAUAUAAUACAAAAAAAAUAAAUAAAAUUCAAAAGGAAUUGCUAAAAUUUGAUAAAGGAUUAAAUAGAGAUUGA